CUCUUGACAGAGAUGCAGAUUCAGAACCCCACUGCAGCAAUGAUCGCUCGUACUGCCGUGGCACAGGAUGAGCAGUGUGGUGAUGGAACCACCAGCGUGGUGUUGCUGGUGGGAGAGCUCUUGAAGCAGGCAGAGAGGUAUAUUCAAGAAGGUGUUCACCCACGAGUGCUCAGCGAAGGAUUUGAAGACGCUAAGCUCGGAGCUCUCAAGUUCCUAGACACCUUCAAGCAGUCACCCGAGCUGGACCGCACCGCCCUUGUCUCCGUUGCCCACACCUCUCUUUCUACCAAGAUUCACCCCAAGCUAGCCACACAGCUUGCAGGCGACAUUGUCGACGCAGUACUGGCUAUCAAGCCUUCCACAACGUCAAAGAUCACAGCGCCUGAGCCAAAAGCUGACGGUAGCUCCGAGUCGGUCAAGGAGUGGGAGGUCAAGGAUCCCAUUGAUCUUCACAUGGUAGAGAUCAUGAAGAUGCAACAUAGGACAGAGACGGAUACACAGCUCAUCAAGGGACUGGUGCUGGACCAUGGAGCUAGACAUGCUGAUAUGCCCAGGAGAGUAGAGAAUGCCUUUGUGCUCACACUCAAUGUCAGCUUGGAGUACGAGAAGACUGAGGUGAACUCUUCCUUCUUCUACUCGUCUGCCGAGCAGCGUGAGAAGCUAGUGGAGUCGGAGCGUCGCUUCGUAGACGCCAAGGUGCAGAAGAUCAUCGACCUGAAGCGGGCAGUGUGCGACCAAGACGUGGGCAGCGACUCGAAGAAGAAGCAGUUUGUCAUCUUCAACCAAAAGGGCAUCGACCCAAUGUCAUUGGACAUGCUAGCAAAGGAGGGAAUCUUGGCUCUCAGGAGGGCAAAGAGGAGGAAUAUGGAGAGGCUGCAGCUCUGCUGUGGAGGAACGGCGAUGAACUCUGUAGAGGGCCUCACACCCGAGGUCUUGGGCUAUGCAGGGCUUGUCUAUGAGCACACUUUGGGAGAGGAGAAGUUCACUUUUGUCGAGGAGGUCAAGGACCCGAGGAGUGUGACGCUGCUCAUCAAGGGGCCCAACUCUCACACGAUUCAGCAGAUUCAGGAUGCUGUCAGGGACGGACUGAGGAGCGUCAAGAACGCCAUCGAAGAUGCAUCGCUCGUCCCAGGUGGAGGCGCCUACGAGAUUGCCGCUGCCACCUACCUCAACGACGUUGUCAAGAAGGCAGCCAAGGGCCGCGCCAAGCUUGGCGUGCAGGCAUUCGCCGAGGCCCUCCUAGUCAUCCCAAAGACCCUCGCCAGGAAUGGAGGCUUCGACGUGCAGGACGUUAUUGUCAAGCUACAGGACGAGUCUGCAGAGGGAAUGGUCGUGGGUUUGGAUAUGGAGAGUGGAGAGCCAAUGGACGUGGUGGGAGCUGGAGUCUGGGACAACUACAGAGUCAAGAGGCAUAUGAUCCACAGCUGCUCCGUCAUUGCGACGAACCUGCUCAGCGUUGAUGAGAUCUUGCGCGCUGGUAGGAGUUCCUUGAAGAGCGAGGGACCGGGUAUGGGACAGUAGAUUAGUUGAACACAGGGCAGAGGCGUCAUGUAUUCAUGACGAAGAGCAAUUAUCGCCUAUCAUCAACCUAUGGUCACUCAUCAGACAUAACACUUCUGACUGCA